UUUUAGUUUGAACGCGGCGUGUAAGCAAAAGGUGCGAAAGGUUUGUUGUUGACUAGUUUGAAUUAUUGCGGACAGUGCAGUUUCCUUUGGAAUUUAUUUGUAAAUUGUCCUCUUAAGGCUAAUUUGAAAUUAAUAAUGUGUAAAUAUCAGCAAAUUUAAAAACGACAACAUAUGAUUUUGUCAAAAAUCAAGUAAAAGUGGAAGUGGAAGUUUUACAAGAGUCAGUUCAGUGAAAAACAAGUGUAGUAAAAGAAAAAUCUUAUGAAUGUGUAAUUAAGUGCUUUUAUGUGAAAUUUAGAAAGUCUUAAUGGUGUGUUAAUAUACAGGAAAAUCGUCAAAAAUUCAAAGAUGCAAUAAAAUUAUUAAAAUAGUGAGUGUUGAAGUGUAUGUAUGUUUGAAAAAAAGGAUCUAUUGACCUUAAACCCGACACACAUAAUUGUUGCAUUGAGAUUGUUCACCAGUGGAUUUGUUUUAGUAGAGUAUUCCAACACCUUUUCUUCGGCUCACGGAGUAACUUACCACAACGAGAUGCACUAACAUAGAGGACGAAAAAACGAACAAAAGCAAAGAACCAGACAGUUGCAAUAGUACUUAUUAUUAUUAUUCUACUCAACUGUACAACAGUGAUUUUAAUUGAAAACGUGCCGGUAACAGCUACAACUAGCGGUUGCAUCCACAUUUCACCAAAAUACUUUCCACCUACGACAGUCGCAGUAGCUGGCUUUGGCGCUUCCCGGCGACACCAUGACUGUAAAACUCACAAAAUUUUUCAGUAGCGCAGCCGCCAUACCAACGAUGACAACGGCAUCGCCUUCCAGUGAAACGGCUGCCACCAGCUACCAUCAUCAACAGCAACACAUACAAUUUAUGCAACAACAGACGCAACAGCAAUCGUCGCUAACAUAUAAUCCGUAUAUUGCGGGUGGUAUGGAUAGCGACGACUUGUAUGAUGAUGACAACAUGUCGUUAUAUUCGAGCGCCACCGCUGGCAGUGGUAUUAUGACGCAGCGCGGUCAUUCAUGCAACAAUUCACAGCGUCCGUUGUUGGGUGAAAGGAAACCGCCAAAAAUGUUGUUGAGUAGCAAUGCAACGAAGAAAAAUAAGAAGUCGACUGGCUUUAAUCAACCGCAACGUCACUUGCAGCUACAACAACAUCAACAACAACAGCAACAGCAUGAAGGGAAACCACAACUGCUGCCGCACCAGAAAUCGUAUAUCUCGCCGUACGUGCAGCAACAGAAACGUGAUAGCGCCAAGGGUUUGCAUGGCUUUAACGAUUUCGAUAUUUUGUCUCAGCAAUAUACGGAGCAUUUACGUAGUAGUCCGCAUAUAGGCUACCCUUACGGCAGCCCCCCUUCACCAUCGGCAAAGUCUAAUGAUUUCGUAUUCGAUCCGUUGCCGCAGCAACACACUUUAUAUGGGAGUGACGUGGUGCACCAACAACAAAAUGCGAAUCAGUAUCGGAUACAACAAACAGGAAAUGACAUUAAUGAGACGGAUUACUCUUAUUAUGAGCGAAACGCUUACAAUGUUAGCGGUAGUGGUAGUGGUAGCGGCAGCCCGGACGGUGCCAGUAAUGGUCUCCCGGCCGCAGUGCAUUAUAUGGGUAAAUCGUCACGCUUUGAUGAUGAUUUUUGCACUCGCCGUAAUGCCACAUUUUCUGAGCCGCAACCGGUGUUAUUAUCAGAGCAGGACUGGACGCCUCCGGUUUCCGCCGUUACUGAUGACAUGAGUGGUCCUUUUAUAUUCGGUGGUGUGCCUUCUGAACGUUUUAGCCAUCACCGACCGCAGAAUGGCGAUAACACGUUAUCAAAGCUACCAAAUCAGCUGGCUUACACUAGUUCACCGACCGCAGUCGAACGCUCGUCGGACGGUGCGAUAGAUGUGGCAGACAAACACCCACCGUACAAUGACCAAGUGACUGUGUUGAGCAGCGAUACCAGUUCUAGUUCACGUAACAGCAGCGGUAAGGGGGUGAAGUUUCUGCUGCGAAAAAGCAAAUCAAAGCGAAGCGCCAAAGGUAAAAAAUACGAUACGUCGGCCGUGCAAACGAAAUCUCAGCCGAAGCAACUGAAAACACCUUCCAUCAAAUGUGUGCUUGUUGGCGAUGGCGCUGUGGGCAAGACUAAUUUGAUUUUGACUUAUUUGAAAAAUCGUUUCAACACGGAGCACGUGCCAACAGCGUCGGACAUAUAUAACGCGGAUGUAUUGGUAAACGAUAAUCCGGUACACCUAACCAUCUGCGACACGGCAGGACAGGACACACUGGAUAAUCUGAGGCAAUUGUGCUACCCCGAUAGCGAUGUAUUCGUUUUAUGUUUCUCCGUUGUAAGACCAGAGACGUUUCAUGCCGUUAAAACGAAGUGGGCACCAAAAUUCUCUAAAUCAAAAGCUUCCCUAAUACUCGUUGGAACACAGGCCGAUUUGCGCAAGAAUACGAAGGUGUUGAAAAAUUUGCAGCUUAAUGGCGAAAGUCCAAUUUCACAUGCCGAUGCCUGGGAUUUGGCUGCAAGCGUAGGAGCGACAUACAUUGAGACUUCAUCAGCAACACAGGAUAAAGUCAAAGAAGUCUUCGACACUGCAAUUUGGGAAGGACUGACACCCACUGUUUUGCCUCCCACACCAACGCCACCAUUAUGGAAAAAGAUGUUGUGUUUGGCGUAGGAAUGCGUCGAAGAUAUAUUAACAUAAUUACAUAAUUAUGCUUCCUAAUGUGGUAUAAGUGACAAAUAAGCAGCAGAAACCAUUUAUAGUUAUUGCUGAAGACUACACAUAUAGUAUAGAGAUAUGUCUCCACUGAUAUUCAUGUAUUAAUGCAAAUCGCUUAAGUAUGUUAUACAUAUAUUGAUAGUGAUUAAGGUUAGCGUGAAGUCCAGCUUUAUAGACUGAUUAAGAUUAGUUGUACAUUUAUGUAUACACGCUAUAGGCACAGAUAACUGAAAAAAACAUUAAAUUCUUUGUUCAAAAUAUUUACUUAUAUUUGUAUUUAACUUUACUCUUAUAAACCCACAUUUUUACAUGCACCAUAAUUAUUUAUAAAAUCUCGAAUAUCAACACAUUUAUGUUAUUAAGUUUGUAAUUAAAGGCGAGAUUUUGUCAAUUGUUAAUAGAUUAAGAACCGUAUCUUCCUUAGAGAGAUGACCAGGAAUAUAUCUGCUAAGUACAACAUCGUGUUUUAAAAAUAUAAAUAUACACAUAUAAUAUGCA